AAAUCAGUGUUGUGGCAGCACAAUGUGGCUGUCAAAUUCAGUGAUCGUUAUUUUGUUCUUAUUCCCAACGUUCGGUGUCGACGCUAAUUACUUCGGGACAAGCAAUGAUAACGAUGACCAAUGUUUCUGUAAGCUCAAAGGAUCCAUAGAUGACUGUAGCUGCAGCGUGGAUACAGUCGAUCACUUCAAUAAUAUGAAAAUAUAUCCGAGGUUAAGGAGUCUAUUGGUUAAGGAUUACUUCAGAUUUUACAAAGUCAACUUGAAACAAGAAUGUCCUUUCUGGUCAGAUGACAGCAGAUGUGCGAUACGCUACUGUCAUGUAGAACCAUGCCAAGAUGAAGAUAUACCAGCUGGACUGAAAGGAGAUGUAUCUAGGCAUAAUCAUUACAACGAAAAUCCAGCCGAUAAGUACAGUGCUCCUAGACCGCUAGAAGACUGCGAAAGAAGUUCUCAAGACUAUAACAAAGAGCUUGGAUAUUUAAACACGACGAUUAGUGUAAAAAAUUAUGAGGAAUUUGAAAUGUGGCAAAAGCAUGACGACGCUGUCGAUAAUUUCUGUGUGAGUGAAACAAGUCCUGGUGAAUAUGUUGAUUUGUUGCUAAAUCCUGAAAGGUAUACAGGCUAUAGGGGCCCAAGUGCUCAUAGAAUAUGGAGAAGUAUCUAUAUGGAAAAUUGCUUCAGGCCAGAGAAGUCUACUCGCAACUUUGUACAAUCAAAAAUGAACGGAAUGUGCUUAGAGAAGAGAGUCUUCUAUAGAGUUGUAUCAGGGUUACACUCGAGCAUCAACAUUCACCUGUGCUCCAAGUAUUUAUUGUCAGAAAAGGAUAGUUUGGAAACUGUGUCAGCUGGUGCUCAAUGGGGUCCAAAUUUGUCGGAACUACAGAGGAGAUUCUCUCCGGAAACAACUGGAGGCGAAGGACCAACUUGGCUGAAAAAUUUGUAUUUCAUUUAUCUGCUUGAAUUAAGAGCAUUGGCGAAGGCUGCGCCCUAUUUAUUGAGAGAAGAAUAUUAUACUGGUAAUGACGAGGAUGAUCGCGAUACCAGAUUGGCUGUUCAUGAUUUCUUGAAUGUUGUAAGGUCAUUUCCUGAUCACUUCAACGAAAGUGUUAUGUUCAAUGGAGGAGCACAGGAUAAAGCGUUGAAAGAAGAGUUUAGACAACAUUUCAGAAAUAUAUCAAGGAUUAUGGACUGCGUUGGUUGUGACAAGUGCAAACUCUGGGGAAAGUUGCAGAUCCAUGGAUUGGGAACGGCAUUGAAAAUAUUAUUUUCUGGAAAGUUUGAUAGAUGGGAACCAACAUUGGAUGAUAUUACAAAGCAACAGUUUUAUCUUGAGAGAAGUGAAAUUGUUGCAUUGAUCAACGCUUUUGGAAGGUUGUCUGACAGUGUUUUCGAACUGGAAAUGUUCCGACAAAUGAUGAGAUAGCACAAUGAUGACGUUGAGGAGUGAAUAUUUUUAUUGGCUUUUUUUCAGACUUAAACAUCACACGUAGGUUAUAUAAUAUUCAUAAUAAUGUCGGUAUAGCUUUGAAUUAUACAUAUUAAGUACACAUUACAGUCACAAAAAAUACGUUAAUUUGAUCAGGUGUAACAUUUGUUUCACACGGAGUGGCAUUCCUGUAGUCAACAUUCAUAGAGUUCAAUUUCGUUAUAACGCUUUUUAAGUAAAUAUAUCUCGAAUUCGUUGCAAGCGAGAAAAUGCGAUAUGCGGGUGUAAAAAGUAGAGUUUAAGAAAUUUACCAACGGUAAUGACACGCACAAUUCGAAUCGUAUUUGAGACUGUUGUAGCUUGAAAGCUCCGGUGGUUUUUGAUUUUACAGAAAAUUACGAUCCAGAACGCGAAACGUUGGAUGCGAGAGAGUUAUAAUAAUUUAACGACGAGAAAUCUUAUCUCUACAAAUUGAAUCAAUUGAAGCUCUCUGCAAUAUUUUUAUGAUUAUUCCUAAGUUCCGUUUCUUUUACCAAUGAAAGUGUUUGGGGAAAUAAACAUCACUAUUCAGAAGUAGGAACAAAAGAGAUAUAGGUCCUGUAAUAAGUUGAAUGGGUAACAGGAAACGUCAGACAUGAGCAUUCUAUUUCUUAUGUUACUGUUUCACUGACAAUGAAUGAAAGCAUGAUGUAUCUGUAAAAUAAUCUAUCUCUACUGUCUGUGAUACAUACUUUCCUCCAGUGGGUAUAAUAGGCGUAAUGAUUAUCGGUGUAUUAUACAAUGUAUAUUCUUACCGUUUAUAACUAUCCAAUUUCCAAAUAGUAGGCUCAACGCAUA